AUGCUUCUUCACACGAAGCACGCGUCGCUGCCGACGUCGUUCGCGGACGCGUUCAACGCGCACUGCGCCCCGGAGACGAUAUGGCCGCUCGAGCCCAUUCCCGCGGUCGCGGCGAAGAUGAAGAAGCGUCUGAAGACGCACGCCGCGGACUUCCGAGACGGGAAGAGCCUGCCAAAGCACGUCGAGGCGGCGACGAAAGCGUCGUACGGGCUGGACGCCGUCGUCAACUUGAUGGGCGUCGGCGCCGCGGCGACGCCGUUGCGGCCGACGACGUCGCUGACGCACUGCAGCGGGUUCGACUUCGACGAAAUCUUCCACCCGACGGUUCGCGCGCCGUUCUUGAUCGUCCGCGAGUGUCUGACGCGAUUGCUGCAGUCGGACGGGCCGAGGGCGGUGCUGUCGUUUUGCCCGCCCCCGCGCGCGGGGUCCGGGGAUAACCUCGGCGCGUACGGCCUCGCGCGCGCGGUGCACGGGAUGCACCUCGUCGGCACCGCCGCGGAGUACGCCACAGCCGACGCGCUGUACGUGUACGCGAUGUGGGCGGAAGGCGCGGAGAAGCCGUCGGAGGCGUUGUCCGACGCCAUCGCGACCGCCGCGGGUCGCGUCGUCGACGCGGGCGGCGCCGCGUCGGCGAGGCCCCCAGACUCGGGCACGUUUUGGCGCGUCCGCGACGUCGCGGGCGUCGACGACGUCGAGAACGUCGGCGGCGUGGACGAUGACGAGGUGGUGGACGACGUCGAGUACACGCCGCGGAGCUGGAAGUUCCCGGACUGCGCGGAGCGCUUCCAGAAGCUGGUGAAACUCUUCGGCGGGAGCACUAGCGGUUUUUACGGCCACGAGAUACCGAUGCCGCCGCCGAUGGACGACGCGCACGCGGCUACCGCGACGUCCGUCUUGGAAGGCACCGGGAAGCAGUUCAAGACGGACCCGAAGGAGGUCCAGCGCGCGUUUGAAAAGCGGUUCAACAUCACGGGCGCUUUUAAGUGA